AUGGCAAAAAAUAUAAGAGAGGAAAUUAAAGAAUUGAUUCAGCAAUUUCAAACUAAUUAUCAGGAAGGAAUUGAUUAUGAAUCCGCUAGUGGAAGUGAAGUUGCCAAGUUAGGAGUGGAACAUAUUCGUAUUCUUUCACCUCGUUUGCGACAGUAUUGUCGAGAGAGAUUUCAUUUUCCGCCUGGUGUUAGUGACUAUUUGGAUUACUAUAAGGAGAACCAACAGGAAGGGGCUAUUUUUUAUCGAACCUCAAAAACAAACGAAUAUGAAUAUUUUUGCGAAAAAAAUACCCAAAUAAAAGAAAAAUUAUUGCGAAAUUUGGAUAAAAUAUGUUUAGACCCGUUGGGUGAAUUGGCUAAUGCUGAAUUGUUAAAAUCCGACCAAGCGAUAAAAAAUUAUGAUUUAUCGAACUUGAAUGAUUAUAAAGCGUGGUUAAAAAAAGUUCAUUCGCUAGAAAUAGAAGGAGAGGAAAUAUUUUUAGAAAACUCUAUCCCUAUCGGUUCAUAUGAUUAUCAAGUAAUCAAAAGAGCAUUUAAUGGAGAGAAAGGAAUAAAAGAAUGGGACCAAAUUGAAGGAUUAUUAAAAGAUGAUAAUAGAGAAUUAAAAAAUUUAAAAAUCAUUUUCCAAAAAUUAAAUAUUAAAAAAAUAACUUUUGAAAGUGGCAAAUUAACUAUUGAAUAUAAUAAUAACCAAGUUAUCUCGGUUGAAACAAACACUAAUAACCAAGAUUUUCAAGCAUUAAAAAAAUAUUGUCAAGAGCAUAAUAAAAAAGAAAUUGACCGAAAAAAGUUAGGUAUUAGUUCUGAUAAUUCAACCAAUUCUUCCCCCUCUAACCCUAAUAAUAAUCACUCCUUAGUUGUCGGUUUUGCCCUCGGAGCCGGAGCAGCAUUCGAGGAAAUGUUUGGAGUGCGGGUCAAAAAAGUUCAUACUAGUCGCCAAAAACCAGUGCUUCACAAAGUUCGUUAUCUCCAAAAAUCUCCGACUAGGAUUUAUACUAAACUUCGCAAAAAAGCAUUUGUUAAAUUAAUGCCGGAACUUAAAAUACCAAUUCCGUAUGUUAUUCUCUGUGCUAUAAUAUUACUUUUGAUAGGAUUUUUAAUUGCUUAUGUUGUUAUCAACUAUUUUGUUAAGAAACAAGUCCGAAAAAUGCAAGAACAAAUGGAAUCACUCGAUAAAGACCAAAUAAGAAGCACUUUGUCUUCACUCGGUCAAAGGCCUUCGGAAGAACAAAUAAACCGAAUUAUUAACUUAACCGAAAGUGCUAAAAAAAAACGAGAAGAGUUAAAAGUUCAAAAACCAAGAAAGAAGAAAACUAAAUAA